GGCCGGUAAACAAAUGGUGGGCCUUUCCGAGGAGAUUGAGGUUCCCGCUAGGGUUUUCAUUGGGCUUUUGUAUGGGCCAAAGGCUAGCUAAAGAUAGGACUGUUGGAAUGUUCAAGCCCGUUAAUGGCUUGACACAAAAAUUUAUGGGUUGUUUGUUUGGUGAAUUUGAAAAACGAAGGUUUGGUUUUGGGUUCAUUAUGAAUUUAAAAAAUAUCAUUGUUUGUUUCGUAGAUUUCAUGAUGAAAUUGGUUAAUUAGAUUUGUAUGCAUUAAGUGAAAUUUACCUUUGUUGUCCUCAUUGGUAUGAGAAGAGAAAUAAAAUAUGAGGGGUAGUUUGAUCUUAAAUGAUGGACUUCAAAGUCCAUGAUCAAUUCCCACCUAAAGAAGUAGAACUUCCAAAUCCGUGGGGGCCACGUAUGUUGACUCUUAAAAUUCGUGGGACCCACGAAUUUGGUGCCCCUAAAUACAUGAAACAAACAAUAGAUUUUGCACAAAGUCUAUGAUGGAUCCAAAUCCAUCACCAAAUCCAUUACUAAGGGGUCGUUUGCUUGUUGGAUUUGGGUCAUGGAUUUGGUACCCAAAUCCCAAGCUUGAUUGAUUUAACAUAAGUCCAUUGUUUGUUGAAGGGUGCUAAAUCCGUGGGGUCCACGAAUUUGGUCUUUAUUUUAGAACCAAAUCCGUGGACCCCACGGACUUGUAAAUCCCACAUAUUGAUUUGGGAUUUGCAAAUCCUUGAUGGUUAGUUAUUUAUUUAACAAAUUCAUCACAAAUCCAUCAUCAAAUCUAUCAUGGAAACAUUAGACUCUUCAAAUCCAUAAUCCAAUAAAUCCAACAUAAAUCCCAAGAUUUUUAUUGGGCAAAACCCUCAUUUUUCAAAUCCAACAAACAAACGACCCCUAAAUCCAUCAAGCAAACGAUCCCUAAAGUGAGUACUUUGCAUAUACCGUUUUGCUGCCUUACUGGUGCGUAGUUGAUUAUGAAAUAUUUUUUUCGUUUUUUUAUGUAAAUUUACUUUUGUUGUUGUUUAUGUACUACUUAAAAGGAACGUGGAAGAGAACAUACAUAACAUUGAAACUAUGGCCCCGUUUAGUAUCAUUUUGUUGCUGUUGUGGUUGCAGUGGUGUUUUGUAAACAGAUGUACAACCACAACAGGAAAAAAACAGAAAACACAAACCUGUUUAGUUGAUAAAUCUGAAAAAUCAUGAAAGCUGACAACAAGAAACAAAAACGCGUUUAGUUACUACUAUAAGAACUAAAAACCAGAAAAAGAAAUAUGUCCGCAAUCGAAAUUAGCAUAAUACAUUUAAUAAACCACAAAACAAAGACCAUAUCAAUCAAUCGAAAUUCACAAAGAACAUAGCAAUCAAUCCAAAUUCACAAAUAACUAGUCUAGCAAUCACUACAUACAUACCAUAAUUCAAGAACAUAUUAAGAAGCAACAAUAUUAACAUAAUACAUUUAAUAAAUGGUUUGUUUUACCUGCUGCGGGGAGAUGAUCGGUGGCCGGCGGAGGUGCGCGGCUGGUCGGCGCUGGGCUGGGCGGAGGCGCGUGGCUGGCGGCGCUGAGCUGGGAGGAGGCGCGCGGCUGGGCUGGGCGGAGGCGAGCGGCUGGCUGCGCGGGCCGGAGGCGGAGGCGCCGCUGGCCGGAGUCGGACGUUCUUGCGGAGAAGAAGAAGCUUGGGCGGCUGAUGAGUCUCGACAAAGAAGAUGGAAAAUGGUAAAAGGGCAGCUGAAGUAGGGUUUUGGGAGGGGGCGGAUAUGUUAAAAAAAAAAAAAAAAUUUUUUGCUUCUGUGGGGAUUCGAAAACUGGUCUCUUUUAAUGAAAUCAAGCGCACAACCAGUAGGAAUCUCGUGUGCAACAUGUUUAAGAAUCAGAUCCAAAGCUAUAAAUUGUUGUUUCUCAUAUUUGGGCCUUGUUGUGCAACUCUGAUUCACAACAAAAAAUAAAAACCCAACUAAACACGAUUUUUUUUC